UCCUGCAACAUCCAAAACAACAUUCCUAGAAGUACAUCUUCUAAAUUUUAUCCUAGAGAAGUAACUUAGAUUAUACAACAUGGCAGACCACAAGUUGUCCUCAAUCUUUCUUGUUUUCGCCACGAUAUUUGCCAUAGCAAAUGCUCAAGGCUUGAUGCUUGAUUAUUACAAAACUUCGUGCCCCAAAGCCGAGGCAAUUGUUCAAAGAAUCACUAAGCAAUACGUUGGUCAUGUUCCUAACUUUGCUGCUGGUUUGAUUAGAAUGAACUUUCACGACUGCGCCGUUAGGGGUUGUGAUGGUUCUGUACUAAUCAAUCCAACGCCUUCCAACAACCAAACAGAGAAGACAGCCAUUCCAAACACAACACUCCGAGGUUUUGAGAUCAUUGAUGCAAUCAAGUCCACUCUAGAAAAGGAGUGUCCUGGUGUUGUUUCUUGUGCUGAUAUUUUAGCUUUGGCAUCCCGAGAUGCUAUUACCACGAUUAACGGACCAUGGUGGGAGGUUCCAACAGGUAGAAGGGAUGGUAAAGUAUCAUUGGAAUCAGAAGCCAAUGCACUUAUUCCAUCACCAUUUUCUGACGUUACUACCCUUAAACAAAACUUUGCAGCUUUAGGUCUUUCUGCUAAAGAUUUGGUGGUUUUAUCAGGUGCUCACACCAUUGGAGUUGGUCACUGCUUCAUCAUCCGUAGUCGUUUGUACAAUUUCACUGGAAAUGGUGACAGCGAUCCUACACUAUCCCCACAUUACGUCGAGUGGUUGAAAACUAGGUGUCCUCCUAUUGCAAGUGACUCAAAAUCUUUUGUGUUUAUGGAUCGAAUUACCCCUAAGGCCUUCGACCAAAACUACUACACCAUGGUAACCCAACAUAGGGGACUCUUUGUGUCGGAUGCCACUCUUAUGACCGAUCAAGAAACCAAAAGUUACAUUGAGACCCAAGUUAAGACCAAGGGAUCAACUUUUGCUGAUGAUUUCGCGGUGUCUAUGACCAAAAUGAUCAAUAUUGGUGUGCUUACUGGAAGCCAAGGUGAAAUUAGGAAGACUUGUGGUGCGGUUAAUCAAUAGGUUGACAAAUUCGACCAAUUUGUUAAGGCUAUUUCAUUAUAAUUCGUCACAUUAAGUUUUAUUUUUUUAUUUUUAUUCUCUUACUUUAUCAUGUCUAGGACCAGAGAAAUUGGCUUCACUAAUUUUUUGAAUUUGAACUUGUAGAUUGAUGUUCAAAUGAUUAAAUUUCCAAUAUGAAUAAUUUUAAGUAAAAUAAAUUUUGAGUGUUUGAGUAUGUCAAAAUUCAAUUACUUAAUGAAGAACAAGUUUUUGUCAUAAGGUUGAUUCAAAUGUUUUAUUUAAUUAUUAUUACUCUUUUUUUUUUAAUUACUUUCAUU